ACCACCAUGCCUCGCGUCUGGAUCAUCACGGGUGCCUCGUCCGGCUUUGGCCUGCAGCUCGCCAAGAUUGCCGCCGCCGCGGGGGACACCGUCAUCGCCGCCUCGCGCAACCCGUCCAAGCUCGGCGGCAUCCCCGGCGUGACGCCCAUGCGCCUCGACCACAACGAGCCGUACCCGCAGGUCAAGGCCGACGUGGACGCCAUGGUCGCCCUGCACGGCCGGGUCGACAUCCUCGUCAACAACGCCGCGUACGUGCAGACGGGCACCCUCGAGGAGACGACUGCCGACGAGGCCCUGCGUCAGCUGCAGGCCAACGUCCUGGGCCCUCUGAGCGUGUACCGCGCGGUGCUGCCGCACAUGCGCUCGCGGCGGUCGGGCGUGCUUGUGACGAUCGGCUCGAUGAGCGGCUGGGCGCCCUUCAACGCGUGCAACCUGUACGGCAUCUCCAAGGCUGCCGUGCGCGCCCUGGGCAACGGUCUCGCGGGGGAAGUCGAGCCUUUCGGUAUCAGGCACUGCCUUGUCGAGCCGGGGCCCUUCCGCACGCCCUUGCUCGACCAGGGCGGCAAUUUCGCCGCGACAGAAGGCACGGCGCGCAUCGACGACUACCGCGCCAUGAACGAGCAGACGGACGCCACAUUCCGCGGCAUGGACGGGAACCAGCCGGGCGACCCGGUCAAGGCGUGCCAGAUCAUCUUUGACGUCGUGACGCGCGAGCCGGCCGGGGACGUGCCAGAGUACCUGCCCCUCGGCAGCAUGGCCGUGCAGGUGAUCCGCCAGUGCGCGGAAAAGGUGCUCGCGCAGCUCAAGGAGAUGGAGCCGCUGGCCAACUCUGCGGAUCUCUAG